GAGUUGGCUGGCUGCAGUCAUGAAACUGGUGCUGUUGCUGGCCCUCUUCCUGUGGGUUCAGCUCGAGGGGGCCAGGAGGGGGGCCCCCAAGAUGCCCUCCAAGGAGCUGAGCCCCCCAUCUGCUCUGGGCCCCAAAAACCACAGCUCCCCAUCUGCUCCCCUCCCCGAGGACCCAGCCCUCAUAGGCGGCCCCCCAGAGCAGCUAAGUGCCCAGGAUCCAACCUCACAACUGAGCCCCACGGAGGGGCAGCAGGUGCUGGGGAAGGGGCCACCCACCCGGCGGAGCAAUGCCACCCGGCUGGAGACGGGCAGAGCACGGCCGGGUGCGCGGCCCGAGGGGGGAUCCAUCAUGCCCUCGCUGCCCACCGCCUGCCUCCUCUCCGACUCGGCCAUCGCCUGCGGAAAUGUCCACAUGAAGCAGGUGCCGGCGCUGAGCGACCCUGGGCUAAAAACGCUCUACCUGGCAGACAAUGAGAUCUCCCGGCUGCCGCACGGGGUCUUCGCGGGGCUCCCCAAUCUGGAGUGGGUGGAUCUCAGCAAGAAUCAGCUGGACUCCAGGGGCCUGCACCCCAAGGCCUUCCAGAACCUGACCAAGUUGAAGCGGCUGAAUCUAGAUGGGAACCGGCUCACAAGGAUCCCGGCACUGCCCCCAUCCCUGCUGGAGCUAAAAGUGAACGACAAUGUGCUCGAGAGCCUGCAGAGAGACAGUUUUCGAGGACUCUAUAAGCUGUUGACCCUGGAGCUGGAAGGGGAUGAGUUGCACGACGGGAACGUGAUCCCAACCUCCUUCAAACCUUUGCGCAGCCUCAUCUAUCUGCGGCUGGAUCGGAACCGGUUCCGGGCCAUCCCCUCGGGCCUGCCCCCCUCCCUGCAGGAGCUGCAUCUCGACUCCAAUCACAUUGAGGAAGUGCGGGAGGGGCUGCUCAACAAGACCCUGAACCUCAGCGUCCUGGUUCUGAGCAACAACAAGCUCCAAGAGGAUCGGAUUGCACCGCGGGCCUGGAUUGACCUGCCGAAGCUGGAGUCCCUGGACCUCUCCUACAACCGGCUGGUGCAUGUGCCGUCCUUCCUGCCGCGCCGGCUGCGCCAGCUGACCCUGCACCACAACCGCAUCGAGCGCAUCCCGGGCUACGUCUUCGCUCACCUGCGCCCCGGGCUGGAGUUCCUGCACCUGUCUCACAACUGCCUGCGGGCCGAGGGUAUCCACGCCACCUCCUUCGCCGGGCUGGGCCGGUCGCUGGCCGAGCUGCUGCUGGACCACAACCAGCUGCAGGCCGUGCCCCGGGGGCUGCUGGGCCUCAAGGGGCUGCAGGUCCUGCGGCUGAGCCACAACCUCAUCAGGCAGGUCCCGCUGAACUCGGUGUGCGACACGCGGGUGGCUGAGGACUCCAGCCUGGUCUCCAUGCGCCUGGAGCAGAACCUGAUCGACCUGCGGCGCAUCCCGCCCACGGCCUUCUCCUGCAUCCGGGCCUACCACAGCGUGGUGCUGCACCCGCAGCGCGGCCAAGCGUAGGGGGAUCGGGACCCUGGGCCUGUCGCAGCCUGGGGCUGCCCCCCCAGUGUGGCCGGGCCUAGCAGCACCGGAACCCUGGGCCUGUCACAGCCUGGGGCUGGCCCCGCUGGGCCUAGGGAGGCCGGGACCCCGGGCCUGUCACAGCCUGGGGCUGCCCCCCCAGUGUGGCUGGGCCUAGCAGUACCGGAACCCUGGGCCUGUUGCAGCCUGGGGCUGCCCCCGCUGGGCCUAGGGGGGUCGGGACCCUGGAGCUGGGGGCCCCUACAAGGCCAUGCUUGGUGAGCUGGCCAAGCGUCUGCUGCCCCAUCCAUGCCCCUAUGUCCAGUUGUCCGUCCCGCCCUGCACCUCUCCACCCCCAUUCAUCCCUCCCACCUCCCGUCUGUCUGUCUGUCACUCAGGCAAGGGGUCUCUCUGCAGCCCUGGAGCACCCGCCCAGGCCUGCCCCACUAGUGCUGGGGGGCAGGGUGCUGGGAAUAAGGCGGGAGGGGCCCCUGCUGCUGUAACCAGACUCCUGUCUCCUUCGUGGCUGAUAAACGGGGCUGCCGGGCGUGGUGGCCAAGGCUCGACGCGUGGAUUUGUGCCAAGUGUGGGCGAGGGGGGUGUUGCGGGGUCCCCAGGCGAUGCUCUGACCUGCUCCCUGUGAAGCCGGGCAGGACUCUGGGGGAGUCUCCUCUCUCGGUGCCGACUGUCCCCAGGGCAAGAUGCUGCCCCAGCUUCCACCGUCCUGGGUCUUGCCCCGGAGCCUCCAGUCUCCCCUGCCCCACUGUGCGCUUCCCGCAGCGCGUCCCCCCGGGUGGGAUCCUGUGGGGGCUAGAGGGCCCUGCCCCCCAACUCCGCAGGCAGACGUGAAAACAGAAGGUUUAUUAUAAUCUCCUGCCCCUCCUCCGGCCUUUGUCCCUUUCCUGGGCCAGGAGCCACCUGAUCUCUUUGUUCCCCAGCCCCUUCAGUCAGCACGGGGUGUCGGCCAUUCUCUGUGCAGACACCAUCACGCUGACCCCAGGGCUCUGCGACAAUCCCCCCACCUGGGUACUUGAGAAAUGCCUAGGGGAAACUGAGGCACCCACCCAGUAUUCAGAGAGAACAUUAAGAACAUUCCCACUUCGUCACAGGGGUUUGCAGGCUGGGCCGGGCCCCCGGACACUUGGGUUCCGUGCCCAGCUUCGCUGCUGGGGCUGCAUGCGGCACCGGGACUCAGUUUCCCGGCCUGGGGGAUUCGUCCGGCCAGCACUGCUGUUCUCGCAGGCUGGCGGGGGUGGGGGUGGGGAGGUGUCCCUGCCCAGUGCCAGGCUUUUCCCUACAACUCGGGAAUGGGGCUCUGGGGUGGGGCAGGGGGCUGGUUAUCCGGGGACCCCUCGCCCGGUGCCGACAUGCCUACAAUCUCUGGGCAAACUAGCGUUCCAGGGUGCCAGGGCACAAGGCACCGCGAAGCAGACAGAGAUGGCUCCCUGCCCCUUUUCUGUCUUCCCCACCUGCAACCGGGGGCAUGCUCGUCUUUAUCUGCCCCCCCCGGGGGCAGCUGGCUGGGGCAGGGGCUCCUAGCUGGGUUCGGCCUGGAGGGAUGGGCGCUGCUCUACAGGGAGGGGUCAAAAUGUUGCUGUGGGGCUGGUCAAGAGCCCCUGUGCCCCACCCCAGAGGCAGUUGCAUCUCAGCGGCAGGCAAGGGGUCCCCACGUAACCAGCCCCCUGCCCCACCCCAAAGCCAGGCGCUGGUGCUGCUCAGCCAGCCCCUGGGCGCGGGCCCCGUCUUGGCGUCACUCUGCGCCCUGCCUGGUUCCAAUUUGCAGCAGGACGGGGUUAGAUAAACACAGCGUCCAGCUCCAGCGGCCCCUGGGCCGGCCAAGCACAACAGCUGCCCCCCCCCCCGGCCGCCAUACAACAGGAAGUGCCUGUGAUUAGCUGGGGGGGGAGCUGGGCAUUAGCUGUUCCUUGAGGGGUGCCUCCUGGCUCGACUGGGCUCGGGGGGGGCAUUUGCUGAGCCCCCAUCUGCAGGAAUGGGCCAAGUGCAGUGUGUCUGAGGCAGACAGCACCUGGGCCUGCCGCCCGGCCCCCCACCCUACGCAGCCCCACGGCGCUCCAAAUACGGG